UCGAGUUCAGUGUCCGUGUAGACGUGCUGCCAGUAACAACCGUAUCACGCACAGCGCUGCCGACUUUUUUUCCUUUUCAUUUGAACGUUCGCAUGGAUCUUCUGCUCCGAGCACCGCGAGUCUUUCUUCCAGUGAUUGUUAUGCCUGAGUUUUGUGCGUGCUUCUCCAAGUUUUGAGCCGUUCUACAGUUGUGCGAAAAAUAUUCAAAAUACUUGGUGCUUUUUUGGGGUUUCGUGUUUGAGACCGACACCGAUGUGCUGCUGUGCGCUUAAAGACUGUUAAAAGGAGCGUGCAAUAAUUUAUGAAUGGAUGGCGGUUCGACGGAGAACGCGGGAGAUGGAUCGUCUAAGGAUAUGGGAGGUGUGGAAAGAUGGGAGACCGAUACAGCAAUCGCAGCAUGGUCGCUGUUGCUGUUUGGCUCGGUGUUGCUUAACGCCACCCUCCUUAUCGCCUUUAUGCGUCGACCAGGCUUGCGAACCAUCUCCAACAGAUUCGUGAUGAACCUGAUCGCCUCCAACUUGCUGGCGAUAUUCGUGCUGACGAGUCUGCUGAUCACCAACACCUGUCAACUGGACGCCCACACGUGGACUCCGAGUGUCUGCGCCUUAUCGGAAGGCGCCACGGCCUUGGUGACCACCUCGUCGAUCCUGUCGGUCCUGCUAAUCGGAAUCGAUCAGUACUUGGCAGUAGUGGAUCCUCUGCGUUACCGUACUCGUAUCGACAAACUCAAGUGCGGCUUACUCAUUCUAGCCGUAUGGUUGAUCGCUUUGACAUUCGGAUCCUUAGCGAGCUUCAACCCCCAGCCGCGAGGUCUUUGGAAGCUGUGCUCUCCCGGCACCCUCGACGAAACUCAAUCGCGAGAUUCGACCAACGUAGUGGAAUACCAAGACAAGAUCCGCGAGCCGAUCAACGAGUCGGCCGAGGCAGCCUUUCCAGCCAGUCACGCCGGGGAACCCGACAGCGCCGCGAUCAAAGUCAGCUACGGCAUGGUGUACGCGCUGUUGUACGCGGUGCUCGGCUACCUCGUGCCGUUCGCCACGAUGUGCUGGAUCUACGUGAGCAUCUACAUGGCGGCGCGGCACAACUCGGAGCGCACGAGGCGCACCGGCUCGAGGCCAGUGCUCACCUCGGGCAGCUUCAGCGAGGAGAGCGGACACCGUGGUCCCGACUCGCCGUCGCUCGAGGACGUGCGCCGCAUACCCAAAAUCUCGUCGUUGUCGUCGAUCGACGAGAACAGCGAGGCGACUCCUAGUCAGGCAGAGCCGCCGGUCAUCUUCACCGUCGGCAGCCAAGACCACCCAGCCAAAGUUCCUAGCGACCGGCAGCCCGUUGCCGCGGCGGUCGCCGACCAUUGCAGCGGCAACGGCGCUGCCAGCGACGAGUCGCGCAAAAACUCGCAGGAUCUCACGUACGAGGAGAUGAUGCUCGGCUGCAAGCAUCCCUACGAGUACGAGGACGACGAUUUGGUGCGCUCGAGCGACGAGGAGGAAGAGGAGGAGGAGGAGGAGGAGGAGCAGCAGCAGCAGCAGCAGCAGCAGCAGCACCGCGAUCAUCACGAGUUCGAGCCGCUGUCGUCGGGCGACAGGCCGGCCCAGGGCUCGGUCAGCGUGAACUUCGACCUCGCCGAGAGCGAGCACUCGAGGAUGCUCGGCACCCCGGCACAGCCGCCGCCGAUCGUCACGAUCACGCCGCCGGGCCAGAAGCCAGCCGUGCCACGGGCGCCGAGCAGCAAGACCACUCACAACUACAUACACAACCUGAAGCAUCGCAUCAGCAACGGCUCGCUGUUCAAGUAUCGCGAGGAGACGCGGGCCGCUCGCAUCAGCGCUCUGGUCAUCGUCAUGGGCCUGAUCUGCUGGACGCCCUACGUGUACGCGCUGCUCUGGAGGAACUUGCAGUCGCAGACGGCUCGAUCCGACAAGCUGGACGGCUUGGCGCUCGGGUUCCUCGUGCUCGCCACCUACGUCAGCCCGCUGCUCUUUGGCUACCGCUCGAAGCGGGUCAAGCGCGAGCUGCGCAAAUUCUUCUGCUUCAAGCGCGAGCUUUCCUACAAAAACAAUCGCAGCUUGAUGGCCAAGAAGGUGCUGCGCCGGCGACACAGCGGAGUCACGAUACUCGGACAGUUAGCCGGCGACGCAGGGAUCGAGCACUCGAGGUACAACAUCUUCAACUGCGUCUACGGCAAGAGCAGGUGGCCCAAAGAGAAGGUGCAGUUCGUACAAGUGCCCGAGACUGCAUUGGCUGUUGAGACGUGUCGAAGUAGUUUCAGCAGCGGCGCGAGCACGCAGAUCUCCAGCACCUCCACCGACGAGUGCUGACGAGUACUGCUGCUCACCUAGACUCAAGCGCGACGGCGAUCUCUAGUUUUUUGCCUGUGUGCGCGUGCGAGCGACUCUCGUUGUUCGGAUCCUUGAAUAAUGUAUGCUUUCUUUCUUCCUCCCGGUGUCCGAGAGAGCAUCAAAUUGGAAAAUUAUGUAAACUAACGGAGAUAAUGCGAUCGACGCUCCGACCAGUUGGUCGUCUAUCUUGGCGUACGUGACGAAAAGUGUAACCAAUACCGCGAGCGAGAAAUACUUCUGUAUCGAGAGAGCGUCGCCUCUGCCUCGCGCGAAAACUCGAGUGAAAAUGGUUUCCUUGUUAAACCAGCUGUCGCAUUAUUAAAGUGAAUCACGCGCCCGAUUUGCGCGUUGCAUUUAGAAAGAGAGGCUGAAAGUCAACCGUUGAAUGCGUGCGUGUGUGACUGAGUGGCGUGACGCUCUUUCCUUCUCUUCGUCGAGCGCAAAGAGAAACGAAGAGAGCAGCGCGCGUGAAUGAACAGAAAAAGAUCGUUUCUGCGUAAUAACGACAUCUUGCGCGUUGUCUCUAUUGUAAUCCGCCAAGAGAGAGAGAGAGAGAGAGAGAGAGAGAGAGAGAGAGAGAGAGAAAGAGAGAAAUUUGGCAAACUGACUCGAAAUUGGCGGUACAUUAUUUAGGCAAAAUAAAGAUGAAACUUCUCUCUUGGUGUGUAUCGUGUGUGCGUGUUCGUCUUCACACUAGUAUUAGACAUCGUCUCGAGAAAUUUUGAGAUGGAUUCCAUGACAGUUCCCAUGCUCGAUAUUCUGAUUAUUUAUUUUGAUGUAUAAUAUUUGUUCGCUUUCAAAUCGAAACGAGUUUACGACCCAUUGGUAUGUAAUUUCAGCGACGGAUAAUGUUCUUGAUUUUUAGUAUUCUUAGCUAUAAGUUGCUGAUGAAUGGUUAGACUUUUUGUACAUACUGUGUGAGUGUGUGUAUAUGUGUGCGGGUGUGUGACGUAAAAAUUUUGGGGAAGCAAGCUAUAUUGGGUGACUAAAUGUGCGGUUUACAUUCUGUAGGAAAUCGUUUUCCUUUUAAAAACGUUUCAGAUUUUAUCGUAUGAUAAAUUACUUAAAAUGGACUGGCAAAUGAUCGCGUGCUAGUCACUCGUUAUCUUACAAGAAUAAAACCACGAGUCGAGUACUUAAAUUAGAUAACGCGUUCAAUAUACUUGGCAAAUCCUAAUUUAUUUUAGAGCAUAUUUCAUAAAAAAUCACUUUGGUAAUGUCGUUCUCUUCCAUUGUAAAUACCAUUUUUAACCUCUAUGUAUUUUUUCAAAAAAUCAUUGUGUAACCUUUCUAUAUGACUCGAAUCUGUCUUAGUUUUUAAGCAUGAGCUUACUUCCCUCUACAAUCGACUGUACGAUCGUAAAUCUAUGUUAGACAACCGUUGAAACUUUGGCAUGAACUUCCGUUUUUGUACACUUACGUGUGAGAACUCGAUUAUUGAAUACAUUAUCAAGCGAACAAAGAGACAUGAAUCACAGAAUAAAAUAAAACUUGUAACAGGUCUUAGAGUUGCAUGAACACUUUAAAAGUCACAGACGAACGUCAGCAGUAAAAAUGCCAAAGUAAACGUUGGUUUCAACCUAACGACGCAGUAAAUGAACUUUAAAAAUAAAUUUAAAAGAAUCAUGUUAAAAUAUAGAUUGAUGAAAUAAGUAGCCGAAUGAUAUGUCAAGCAGGGAUAAAAUAAUAGACUUGAAACACUUUAGAGUUUGAAAGCAUUAAGCUUUCAACUAUUGAAAAUAGCAAAAAAAAAUUGUAAAUAAUAGAAUAAAUAUAUCUAAGUGAUUAGAUGAAAGCAAAGCUACGCGAAAGUGAACUUUAUUAUUGACACAUGGACAAGCAUUUUGCGCAUUUUUGCCUUAGAAUUAAUGGAUGUAUGUUUAAGUCGAUGAGUGUAUAGCUUGUUGUCGAACAAAUCGACAACGCGAAAAGUUUCAUUCUCCUUAUAAUAUGUUCGUCCUCUCUGUCGUCGGCGUUAUUUGUAGAUAUUUUUUUAUGCUUACGUCCUUAAGUAAUUUUGUAUAAGAUAUCAAACUUCUCAUUUCUUCUAGACUGUAUUUUUUUGUACAUUAGCUCAGUCAUCAUUAUUUAUAUUUAAGGAACUGUACGUACGGUCGCUGGACGCGGGCAUGGGCAAUAGUUGGUUUGCGUCCAACUGAAUGCACUUUUCGAAGAAACGAAGAAAAAGCGCUUCGAGCUUCCGAGCUUCGAGUUAAAAAAAGUGCCAGAAAUUUUUCCGGCCGAUGAUGACAGAGAACGAAAAAAGCAAUAAGCCGUUUCAAAAUUGUGCUCAGCUUCACACUUAAACAAUUCAAUGUUGAUGCUAAAAAGCCAAAAAACCUAAAAAUACCUGUUCAUCAGGUGGAAGCAGAAAGUUUCUUUGGAAAUGUUUACGGAAGCGAGAAGAGCGAUUUGUAAAUAUAUUGUAAACGACAAGAUGCGCAUGCUAAAAAAGGAGCGUCGCGACUUUACGGACAGUCUCUUACGAACUUGUGAUAUAUCUUUACACGUCAGCCAAUUAUGAAUAACGAGUCAGCCUUAAUUUGUAUUAAUUAAGAAAGUCCUUAACUUACACGAGACUUAAUUAAUAAAUUAUAUCUUCCGACAAAUUAAAA